AUGGGAAACCAUUUGUGCCAAAAGUAUGAAUCGGACGUGAUAAAACUCAACUGUAGUGCGAGCAACAAAUCGUAAUUGUAAGCCAGUUUUCAGUUGCCGUUCUAAAAUGGUCAAUGGUCGCUUGUGCUGUACUGAAACUACGAUUUAUGGUUAGCGCUAUCGAUUUGCUUCAUAGUCCAGAAGCCAGGACUGAAAAAAUGCGGUUUCGCAAAACCCACAAGUUUGAAAAUGUUUGAUCGUAGAUUUUGGUAGGGGAUUUACAAACAUUUUGUGUUAGACUAGAUAAAUUUGCACUAAAUUCGUGUAUGUAAACUAGAAUUGCUCUCUUAAAAUAAUAAGUUUCAAUCAAUUUGAAGAGUUAUCCUCUUCGCCCGAAAACAAGGCUGGCUUACUGGAUUUCUGUGGCCUUUUGACCAUAUUUUUUUUAAAAACAGAACUCCUUGUGUCACUUGGAAAGUCUUACUACAGUUUUACUUUCAUAACUGGAUAUAUGAAAAUCAAUUAUGUGAACUGCAGAUAAAGAAGUGAAUGUGAAAGUGAUCUUUGCAGUAAUGACCACUUCUUGAGCAGUAGUGAAAAUAAGGCCUGAAAACAAUUCAGGCCUGUACAGGAUUUGAACUCAUUACCUCUGCAGCAAUGUAUGGGUAUGCUCAAGUGGUUUUUUGGGUAUGCUCUACGGUUUUAAUUGCUCUCCGUUGAACGAUAUUUUCAGUGGGAUCUUUUGAAAUUAAGUGCCCUUUUUCAUGUACAAAAAUGCAAACACCAGUCACUUAGUGUCACAUUUCAAACCACCCAUCCAAAAAAGAUAACUCUUGCAUGCAUAGCAUGCCAAUGUUCAAUUAGUGCUGUCAACUGAAGCCUCACAACAGUGUUUAGUUCAACAACACAAGCAACUGACCAGUGACCAUUUUAGAAUGGCAGCUAAACUGACUUACAAUUACAAUUUGUUGCUAGCAUUUGGAAACAAAGACAGAUCAUAACAUCUUGAGCUACCUUCCCUCUUUUUUGUGAGAAUUGUGUGGGUUCCUUAAUGUCCAGUGCUAACCAGGGGUCAAUUUAAUAAAGAGAAUACAAUUGUAGUUUUUACAAGUGUAAGUUACACAGGUUAGGUCGGACUUGUAAAUACAAGGAUUUGAUAAAACAAUAUUCCACAUUGGAAUUAUACACAUUUAUCUCAAGUCAGUGCACAAGUGUAAAUCACAAUUGUAGAAUUACAAUUGUAAAAUUGAACAGGAGGGUCUCAAUGAGCAGAAGGAUUUUAAGGAUAAUGGUUUGUUUCUUCCCAUUAGUUUUUAAUUAAAAAAUUUUACAGUUAAUUUUUUUAUGAGUAGUGGUUAAAAUUUGUCAAUUUUUGCUCCUGAUGGAUAAUUUUUUUGUAGCCGUUUCACAGGUUACAAUUAACCCUAUUGAGUCCCUCCUACAACUGUAGACUUUGCUUGAAUGCAGUUAAAAAUAGUUGUUUUCCUUUCAAUACAUGUGGCUUUGCUAUGCUUGCUUAUUAUUUUAUUUUUGAACAGUUAUUGAGCUUGUUAUCCAAACAGCAAAAGUUUUGGUGCCCCUUUUAUCAGCUUUGACAUAAAAACUAAGGGAAUAAAUACUUAAAGUUGCUGUCUUGCCACUACUGCAUGCUCUGUUCCAUCUCGUUUUAUGCUCCAAACAUGGGCCUAUUAAUUUCAAAAGGUGGACAAAACUUUUCUCGAAAUUCCCUUGGAUUUUCAAUGUCGAAAAGCUGUCCCAUUUGGAAAUUAGUUUGGCAGAUAAUUUGAUGUCUUGGCAGUGCUUUGAGUUCCUUUUCAUUAGAAAAUGAAAUAUUGUGACACUCCAAAGUAAUUUUUCAGAAGGAAUGCUCAAUGUUUUUGUGAGUGAUGUGUGACUUGUAUUUUGUACAUACAGAAGCACAAGUACAAGUUCGACUCUUGUAAAAGUCUAAUUUAAUUUGAUACUUACCAUCUUUUACACUAGUUGGGCUACACCUGUAAUUACAAGUUGGACAUUUGUAACCUGGACUUGUAAUGAUGUUUAGUAAACUCAUUUUUGUCUACACUUUUACAAUGAUCCGACCUGUAGAUUACAAGUGUAAAAUUUUCAUUAAAUUAACCUUAGUAAAGAGAAGAUGCAGGUGGGAGAUGACUGUUCAAGGGAGUUAAUAUUGGCAUUUGCUAGUGAUAAUGAAGAAGAAAGUGAAGGUGAGAAUAUCAAUUAGUAUAUAAAUCAGUGUGCCUUCUUGGCCAAGUGGAAUUUGUUUUACCAAUUACUUAGUUGAUGUUCACAGGUAUUUUGGCAGCCUAUAACAAAUAUUGACCACUGGUCAACUCCACCCUACAGAGCCCCUAUUAACAGCCAUUCAAAAUUCACAGGAAAUGAUCAUGAAAGAAAACCAUAUACAGUUGAACUUCUAUCAAGCUGCACCAUAUUGAGCAGUCACAUUAUUUAAAGUGGUUGGUUGUCAAAGUUCUGGAUUCUUUCUUCCCCCCAAGUACUGUAGUUUUCAGCUCAGUCAUGAUCACCCAUGACUGAGUUCCAACAGGCCUUUGUUUUGUCGUCCCUCUCUAUUAGCAGAACCACUGAAAUAAAACUAUUAACUCUUUAACUCCCACAUCAAAUUUGUAAUUCUCUUCACUGCCAACUAUACAAUUUCUAUAAAGUUAGUUCAGAGAAUUUAGUAUUGGAUUAACUAAUUAUCCCCAAAGUGAUAUUUUUUUUAUUCUCAUCACUUAUUUGGUUGAUAUUGUAUUGAUAUUGUAAGGAGAAAUUCUGUCUUGGUCACUCAUAGGAGUAAAAGGAUUAUGAAUAAUCUCUCAAGUCAAAUUUACUCCAUGUUUAUCUUCGAUUACUUUGAUUACUUUGAUUACUCUGAUUACUUUGAUUACUUUGACUUGAAAUCCUCAAAUUAUUGCAGAUUAUCUUUCUUCUUAGGACUGUUAGUACAAAAGUGCUCUUUUUCAUUGUGUUACCCCUAUUCUGUGGAACUUGUAUUUAGUGGCCAACCUGUAUUAAGUAGUCACCCAGCCAUUCCCCGUGGGUGAAGUAUAAUAUGGGUGCAACUGUAUGAAGAACUUUAUGAGUACUUUUGAUAUAUUGAUCAGUGAAGCACAUACUAUGACUUUCAAUUCUCAUGUAGUAAUUUCCAGUAAGGGGGUUCAUUGACAGGUCUGUAAAGAGUAAUUGACCACAAUCAGUGCUUUAUUGUAACCUCUCUUUGGCAGUGUUUUUCAUAAUUUGGUUCUCAGCCCUAUCCAGCCUACGUGUAGCUGUUUCCCUCCCCCCCCCCCCCCCCUCCCAACAUGAAAUGGAAGUGAGGGAACAUCUACACAUGUAGAAUCAUCAGUUCCAAAACAAAUUCAACCUUGAACUUUAUAAGGUGCAGCUCUAAGGGCUUCUUGUUAUGUUGGGUUAAUUUAUAAUUUGGCACAAGUUUUAGGUAGCACCCCACAACCUUCACAGCAGAGGAAUCUGCAAGUGCAGCAAACACAACACGUAUGUAUGUACACCCAUAAAAGCUAGCUUUUGGAAAUCAGACAUUGAAACAAGUAAAUGAAACAAAAUUUUUAGAUGUUUAUAUAAAUGAACAUUGA